CUGCGGAAGAAGAAGAACUUUAAGGUUAAUCCCUGCCAAAUAUAUAAACAAAACCAAUUAAUCUGUGAUAACUGAAGCAAUCUAAUCAAUUUUGCAACGAAACAUGCCAACAAACGACUGAAACAAUGAAGGCUGUAAGAAAAUUCCUGCACGACAAUCUCUACGUGAUUCUGGGCUUCGUAAUCGGAUUGUACGUGUCGUCCUUAAUACAAGACGGUCUGAGUCUGGACUGCAGACAAAAAAAUGACUUGCAACGCAGCGAAAACCAGCAAAUACUGCGCACCUUCAACAACUCCGUGCCCGUGGUGAAUCCGCCGAAAAAGACGCCGGACACCACGAAGAAAGUGGUGCGCCCCAGGUAUUACUCGACUGAACUAGGGAUCAGGGAGAAAAUGUUCGUGGGCAUUUUCACGUCCGAAGAAAAAGUCAACAGUCACGCCGUGCAUUUGAACAAGACCAUUGGUCACAUAGUGGAUAAAAUAAAGUUUUUCAUCACGGCCCAGUAUAAACUGAAAUCCAAGUUCAAUUUGACUGGUUUGGUGGGUUUUACAGACUCCAGAACGAAAUUCAGGCCUUUCCAGGUUGUUAAGUAUGUGGGGGACAGUUUUGCUCAAGAUUAUGACUACUACUUUUUCGCCAAUGAUUACACCUUCAUCAACAUUCACAGACUGAAAGAUUUGGUCAGCAAAAUUAGCGUUUCUAUGGACGUUUACAUGGGCACUAAAGUGCAGGAUUCAAGCUAUUGCAGUUUUGACUCUGGAAUUUUGAUCAGCAAUUCAGUAUUGAGGGAGAUGCGUAAACAUUUAGACUGGUGCAUUAUUAACACCGUUUCUGACGACAAUAGCGAAAACUUUGGACGUUGUGUGUAUCACAGCAUUGGGAUGAAUUGUCAAGAAAGUGUGCAGGAAAUAUCAUUGAAAAGCUACAAAUUGAAACAUUUUGAGUUGAAUGAACACUUGUUGGAAUUGUCCUCAAGGCCACAGUUCAAUGAAGUAGUAACUGUGCAUCCUGUGAUGAAAAAUGAAGACUUUUACUUAUUAAACGCCUAUUUCUUAAGGCAAAGGCUGGAGUUGAUAAAGCAACAGACUGAUAAUUUAUCAAAAUUGGUGCAAGACUCUUGGCCUCCAGGACAAAGAGUUGGAGCAAAACCAGCGACUAGAUUUGAUUUACCCCGUCAGUAUUAUUUUAACAUGUCCCACGUGUUUUUCCCUGAUGAUUUUACAGUGAUUCGUCCGCACAAUGAACCAGAAUUAAAAGAUAUUGAAUACAUAAUCGACGAAAUUACAUCUAAAGUUGCCAACAAUGACAAAUAUUUGCUAUACAGAAGACUAGUCAAUGGUUAUAAAACCUUUGAUUUAAGCAGGGGAAUGGAUUAUGCCUUUGACUUAGCCUUUAGGGACUUAAACACAGGAAAGGAAAUCAUCAAAAGAUUUGAGGUGUGCAAACCUUUGGGCAACGUUGAAUUCGUCCAAGUACCGUACGUAACGGAAAACACGAAGGUUGCUAUUAUUUUGCCAGUACAAGAAACUGAAUUAGAAUUAGCCAAUCAAUUCCUAGACAGAUACAACUUAAUGAUGGAGAAAAAGGAGAAAACGUUCCUCUUAUUGGUAUUUUUGUACCAGUUCAAAUCAGGGCAGGACCCUGACGUUUUCAGCGGUUUAAAAGAGAGGGCAACGCAGUUGGCACAGAAAUUCCGAAAUGACGACACGAAAAUCGCCUGGCUAUCCAUCCAGUUGCCCGAGUUCAAACACAAGAUUUACACUGAGGAUUAUCCAAGUUUGAACUUUGCUAUGGCCGAUCUGGCUUUGAAAAAGUUGGGGUUGGAGAGUUUGUGUUUGUUUCUGGACGUACACGUCAAUAUUACCGGUGAUUUUUUGAACAGAGUUAGAAUGAACACCAUCCCUGAAUUCCAGAUUUUCAACCCGAUUCCUUUCCGACAAUACAAUCCGUUGGUGACGAAUCAAAAGAGUUUGGAUGUGCAGAAAUCGGUAGGGCAUUUUGAUCGGGAAGAAUAUAAGUACAUAUCUUUCUAUGGCAAAGAUUAUGUAACAGCGAGGAAGAAGUAUCAGCACAUUUUACCCUUAACGAGAGUGGACAAUGACAUAACUGCCCUUUUGGACGACGAUAUUAAAAAUACAGGCAAUAUUUUCGAAAUGUUCGUGAAAUAUUACGAAACUUUACAUUGUAUGAGGGCAACUGAAAUGAAUUUAAGAGUGUUAUAUCACGAUGAAAAGAAUUUAACAAGGUCCAAUUGGUUUAUUGGCAGUGAAAUGGAUUUGGCUAAAAGUUUAAUAGCCAAGGAAAUACCAGAAAUUUCUUAAUUAACUUAAAUGUGAUUGUGUAGCUUUAACUUUUUAAUCAUGUUCGUAUUAUUUGUACAUAUUUAACCGAUUGUGCCUUAAUUUAUGUAAGCUUUAAAGUAAUA